AAUUAAGAGACCCAACAGAGAGACAAUAAGGCUAUUUUGGCCCAUUUAGACGUAAGUAAUGCAGAAUAAAAUUGCUCCGACCAAAUUAAUUGAUGCGCGUUAUCAGUUUCUGCACGCGCUUUCACGCGCCGUCGUCGAUUCGUUUCUCCAUCGUCUGCCAUAAUCACCCGCAAACACAUUCUUCUUGCUACUUCCGUCACGACAAUCAUCAAAUGGAACCGUGUGAAUUAUCUGCCAACACUGUGAUAGCUCAUCCUCGAGCUCUCACCGAUAAGAUGACUCUAAUUCGUGACGCGGGUCCUUCCAAAUUCCAGGUAAUUGCAGAUUUCGAUGCGACUUUAACGAGAUACCGAGUCAAUGGACUUCGAGGAAGGCAGACCAGUCAUGGCCUCUUGCAGCAAGGAGACGCAUAUUACGAUGCUAAGAGGCAAGCCUUAUAUGAUCACUAUCAUCCUCUUGAGAUUUCUCCUGUGAUUCCCAUUGAUGAGAAAACCAAACUCAUGGAAGAAUGGUGGGGUAAAACUCAUGAGCUUCUCAUUGAGGGAGGUUUGACAUAUGACGCAAUCAAGAAAUCUGUUGCGAAUUCUUCCAUAGCUUUUAGAGAAGGUGUGUCUGAACUUUUCGAAUUUUUGGAGAAAAAGGAGAUCCCUGUUCUGAUUUUUUCAGCAGGACUUGCUGAUGUCAUUGAAGAGGUUUUGAGGCAGAACCUUGAUAGAACUUUCAAGAAUGUUAAGAUUGUAUCUAACAGGAUGGUGUUCAAUGAUGAUGGACAGCUCGUGUCUUUCAAAGGAAAGCUAAUUCACGUGCUAAACAAAAACGAACACGCUUUAGACAUGGCUGCUCCACUUCAUGAUCGACUUGGUGUUGACAUUGGUGAGGAAGAUGAAGAAAAUGUAAACAUGAAAGAGAGAAGGAAUGUUUUGCUUAUGGGAGAUCAUUUGGGGGAUUUAAGGAUGUCUGAUGGACUGGAUUAUGAGACUCGGAUAUCUAUUGGGUUUCUGAACGAUAACAUUGAGAAGAGUCUUGAGAGCUACCGCGAGUCAUUUGAUCUUGUUUAUCUUAAUGAUGCACCUAUGUGGGGAGCUCUGGAACUUGUUUCUCGGUUAUUCUCAACAGAAGCGAGUUAGCUGCCACUGCUACUUUAAGUGCAAGACUAUUUCUAUUGCAAGUAGAAUUCAUGUGUAUUGCUAUAGAUUAUAAAAUAAACUAUAUUGAUGAAAACUGUACCUGUUGAUGAAAACUAUAUUGCAAGUUAAUCUCACUGCUUUCAUAGAUGUCAAGGAACCCUAGAAAGAAUCUC